CGCGACUAGAGGACCACGUCCACGAUACCUUAUGUAGCCGAUCAUGAAACCACUCCCCCGAGGCCGACCGUGCAGCUUUAUCUACCUACUGUGGGUAUGUUACUAGACAUGUUGUAUACAUAAAGGUACUGUUUAUAUAUACGUUGAAGAGCCAAGCCAAUCGUGGGGUCGAGGUGUUUAUUCUUCGGUACCUUUACUACUCGGUAUGAUAUCGAGUUGGGGAAGACACAACAAGUGACGCAAAUUGACUGACAGUCAAACUGACCGGAGAAAUAUCUAAGACAACAGAAGAAAGACUCGCUUUUUGACCAAUCUAAAAUCUCGGUUGUGUACCUGGGUAAGGGUAGAUUCAACCAACGCACUGCUGGCGCGCUGGCACACCGCGAAUUGGACAUACAGUGCCAUACCAAGUACUACCCAACACUACACCCGGGCAGGGGGUGCUAUAUCGGAUGAAUUUAAAGCAGAUAUAGAUGAGAAACUAGGGUCGUGGUAUAUACGGGGCAGUCAGUCAGUCAGUCAGUUAGUCAGUCCAUCUAUCGAGACCUGGAUAAUAUAGGGGGAGAGACACUGGCACCUGACCUCAGCUGCCCUGACGACCUCAGCAUCUACUAUACCAGCAUCAGCAUCAGCAUCAGCCUCCGCGGUGAGCAAAGACGCAAUAAUGGGAAACCAGGACCAAACCUCACCACAGCCAUGGAGCAAUCAUCAACCACCUUCUCAACCUACAACAACUGAACCAAAACCAGAACCAGCCCUCCUCCACCGCUCACUCCGCCAACAACCGUACAAAGUGACCUCAGCCAAAGGGAUAUAUCUAACCCUGGAUGACGGGCGCGUGGUCAUGGACGCCUGCGGCGGCGCGGCCGUAGCCUGUCUAGGCCAUGGCAACGAGGAAGUCCGGGACGCAGUGAUGCGCCAAAUGAGCACUGGAGUGAGUUAUCUGCAUUCUCUAACGUAUACGACCGAUGCGGCGGAGGAGUUGGCGAGAUUUCUGAUUGAUGGGCCACCAAGACCACCGACAGGAGCACCGCCACCGAUAGCAGCAGCAACAACAGGAGCAAGACGAUUCGGUCUGGAACGGGCAUAUUUCGUCAACAGCGGCAGCGAGGCCAUGGACGCGGCGCUGAAAUUGGCAAGACAAUAUUUCUUUGAACUGGACCAACAGCAACAGAACCAACCGACAUCAAACUCGAACAGCAACAGCAACAGCAACAGCCGAAAUACUACUCGACGAUCCAAAUUCGUCGCCCGCAAGCAAAGCUACCACGGCACGACCAUUGGCGCCAUGAACGUCGGCAGCAACCUGGCGCGCAAGGUGCCCUACUCAAAUCUCCAGCUGCCCGACGACACAGUCAGCUGGGUCACUCCGGCAUAUACGUACCAGUACUCGCAUUGGCGGGACGGAGAAACAGAGACUCAGUUCGCGCAGAGACUCGUGGCCGAACUCGACGCCCACUUCCAAAAGUUAGACCCCGAAACCGUUAUCGCCUUCAUCGCCGAGCCUGUCGUUGGUGCUACUAGUGGUUGCACUCCGGCGCCUCGGGGCUAUUUCAAGGGCGUCCGCCGCGUCUGCGACAAGUACGGCAUCCUGUUGAUUAUGGAUGAAGUGAUGUGCGGCAUGGGCCGGACGGGGACGACGUUUGCUUUUGAACAGGAACACGAUAACGAUGACGACGACACCAACAACGCCAACACCAACACCAACAACAACAACAAUACCGAGGUGGUCGUUCCAGAUAUCGUCACGAUAGGAAAAGGUCUGGGUGGCGGAUACAUGCCCGUGGCGGGUUUGUUGGUCCACCGCAAGAUUGUGGAUGUUUUGAAAAAAGGGACCAGUAACUUCAACCAUGGCCAUACUUAUCAAGCACACCCGGUCGGAUGUGCUGCGACAUUGGCCGUUCAACAAAUCUUGCACCGUGAAGGGUUGGUCGACAACUGUGCCCAGAUGGGAAAGCUGUUGUAUUCUCUGUUGCGGGACACGUUUGCCAACUGCAAAUAUGUAGGCGACAUUCGUGGGCGAGGUCUAUUCUGGGGCCUUGAAUUUGUUAGUGACAGAGACACACGCGCCUCGUUCGAUCCCUCGGUCGCCUUUGGGCCGCGGUUUCAGGCGCUCGCGUUUGAGCUCGGCGUCGCUGUGUAUCCCGGCACGGGUACGGUGGAUGGGUUCAGGGGCGAUCAUGCCAUUUUGUCUCCGCCGUACAAUGUGACGGAAGAUGAGUUGCACAAGAUCGUGCAAAUCUUGAAACGAGCCUAUGAUCGCUUGGAAAAGGAGGUUGAUGGCAAGGGAGAGGAAACGAUCGGAACUGAAUGAACAUCAUCAACGCUCCAUUGUUCGAGUACCAAAAAAACUGUCGUCGACACUCCAGUCGUCCUGUUCACUAUGUACUCUCUGUGAGUCUGAUGAUUGGAAGGUCAUGCUGGAACAAACCCAAUAAUGACUUCAAGUCUCUGGACAUUAAAGAUUACUCUGCUGCCGGUGCAUACACUUACUCACAGCCGGUAAACUCCUCAUCCAUCGUCAAAUCUUGUCCAUAUCCCAACCGGGAGGCCUGCACCAGCAGAACCCUGUCGCUGCAUCCAGGGUUGUCUCUUUCUCCAUCGCCCAAUGCUCCCUGUCACAGAUGCCCACCCGAUACCAUGCUUCUAAACCAAUGCCACGCCGCCCAUGUCGUUCAAACGCGUCCGAACCCAUGACGCCGCAAUUCUCCUUUCCCUUACUAUUCCAGUUGUUCGUAAUGCAUGCCCUCGAAAGAUAAAUGUUGCCCAAGACCGUGAGAUACUCCCACUCCCUAUCGUACCACCACUUCGGCCUUGCUGCCACUACUUUGCGGUCGAGGCAUGUCUCCAAGUUCGUUCCCCGUACCGCUCUGACCUCGCUUCCGGCCUGGAAGAAGAUGGAAGUGAUGUUUGCCGUCGUCCUUCACGGAGCCACUGUCGCCGUUGGAGUUGGAGUCGCCAAACCGGGCUAGAAAAC